CAGCGCGCGAAUGUAGAAGAGAUUGGGCGCCUGUCUUUCCACCUUGUGGACUGCUGCUUCGAUAUCCAGCCUGUGACAACGCGCGAGCUUUUUCAGUACUUGUGCCUUCCGGAGAGGGAAGUUCUGAAAUUUCGACAGUCAGUAUCUUCGUUGUGUUCACACCCCAGUCUUCUUUCUGUUGGAUGCUCAGCUAAGCUUACCGUAGUAAGGACAGUUCUGGAAUGAAAAGUCCCUGAAGUCGGCUUUUACGGAUUUCUAUUCAACAUGGCUACAUCUAGAAGUGCCUCGCCCAACCGAUCACCCAUGGUGACAGUCUUCAGGUCGUGCGGCUUCCACAGUAAUUUUGAUCUGAAGGAGGAACUGGGUAAGGGCGCCUUUAGUGUCGUCCGAAAGUGCGUGAAUAAGAAGGAUUCUGCAAAGGUGUUUGCUGCGAAAAUCAUCAACAACACAAAACUGACAUCGCGCGAGCUCCAGAAGCUCGAGCGUGAGGUGACGAUCUGCCGGAAGUUGAACCACCCCAACAUCGUUCGCCUGUACGAUGCAAUCCUUGACGACGGAGUUCAUUACAUGCUCUUUGACUUGGUGACUGGUGGAGAGCUGUUCGAGGACAUCGUGGCUCGCGAAUAUUACAGCGAAUCGGAUGCCAGCACCUGUAUUCAACAGAUUCUGGAGAGUGUGUACUACUGCCAUCGAAAUCGUAUUUGCCAUCGCGACUUGAAGCCGGAAAACCUCCUGCUCGCCAGCAGGAAGAAGGGCGCGCCGGUGAAGUUGGCCGACUUCGGACUGGCUGUUCAGCUGAAGGACGAGAACACGUGGUAUGGUUUUGCUGGCACACCUGGCUACCUGUCGCCAGAGGUGAUUCGCAGGGAACCCUACAACGAGGCAGUCGAUGUCUGGGCGUGUGGUGUGAUUCUGUACAUCUUGCUAGUUGGCUACCCGCCGUUCUGGGACGAGGAUCAGCACCGACUGUACGCGCAGAUUCGAGCCGGCACCGUAGAGUUCCCCAGCCCCGAGUGGGACAGCGUCACCGAUGAUGCCAAGGACCUCAUCUCGAAGAUGAUCAAGGUGGACAUGAACGAGCGAUUGACCGCCGACCAAGCACUGAAACACCCGUGGAUCUGCCAGAAGGAGCACGUGGCCGGAAAGGUGCACCGCCAACACACUAUCCUGGGUCUGCGCCGCUUCAACGCGCGCAAGAAGCUGAAGGGCGCCAUCUUGACUACGAUCAUCUCGUCCAGAAUGAACCACGCCAACAACAUUGCGUCCGGCCCGCACGUGUCGCGUUCCGACCUGGAGACCAUCGCCAAGGAGUUCAUCUCGCCGACCCACGCCAAGGCUGACCCCAGCGCCAACGGCGUGAGCCUGCGGACGCCGCGCAACUCUCUGAUCCCGGAGCGGUCGGUCGAGCACUCGUCGGGCGCGCCGGCGUCCAUGUCCUACUCGGACCCGACCAAGGAGGUGGUGGCCGCCACGCAGCAGCUGAUGUCCGCCUGGGAUUCCAACGACUGGAACUCGUUUGCGUUCCUGUGCGCACACGACAUGACGUCCUACCUGCACGAGUUCAGCGGGCAGCGACUGCACGGCCUGGACGCGCACCGUUUCAUCCUUGAGAACCGUGAGAAGCCGCAGGCCAUGCAGAGCAGCCUGCAGUCGCCGCACGUGCACGUGUACUCGGCGGACUCUGCGUGCAUCACCCUGACGCGCAUCACGCAGUGGAAGGCGUCGAGCAGCCCGCAGGUGCAGUCGAUGACGUUCAACGAGACGCUGCUCUGGCACCGACGCCGCAGCUCCGGCAACUGGCUCUGCUCUCACUACCACUCGUCCAAGUGCUGAGUGAGUGCGGCUGCUGCUGCUGUCGACCACCGUGGAGCGGACACGAGUUUACUCCUGUAUGUACCCGUAAGUUACAUGCACUCUCAGGCUUGUGUGAGAUUGCCCGGAUAGAACUUGCUGUGCCAGCGCUGACAUUGCCUCUGGGUGUUUUUUUGUAUUGAGGCAUGUUACGCAUUCCUACGCGGCACUAGAGAAUUAUUCUACAUAGUUUACUGCUGCCGUUUCAGUGGGCACCGUCCGUUUGUGUUUAGAACGUGUAGUAUGCAUAUUCCAAAUUUUUUAAUUCAACAACCGGUUUUGUUUGAUUUUCUCUCGCUGCCGUCCUGAACUUCUCUCGCCCAAUCUGGGUUCUUGAUGUGGCAGCAGAGCGCACACACACACACACGCACCUUGAAAUAUCAUUGAUUCUUGUUGUCACCUGCCCUAGCAUCUGUACAUUGUCUCUGUCUUCAGUCAUUGGCUCCACUGACAGCUAAUUUGUUUUGUAUAUGAUUUGUUGUUGCUGCUGCUACUGCUGCAAGCGCACUGUGGAUGCGCCGGGUCGUUUUCCCCCGGUGCCGCUUGGGUUCUGCUGCAGCUCCCCACCCCGUAUUUCCUCUGUUCUCUGUAUCCACUUUCUUCCUGAGUUUUCGGACGAGGCGACGGGGUCACAGGACCCUGCGGCCUCUCGGACGCCAGGUCUGUCCAAGUCGUUCUUUUGUUCUAUUCCUAGAUAUAAGGUUAGCGGAGCCGUGUGUAUCUAUAUCUUCGAGUCGCAUCCGGUGUUCUUUUAAGCGAUGCACGCUCCGUACAUUGCUGUGUAUUUAUUCUCGCCGUUUUUUAAUCCCCCUCUCAGACUCACUAGCAUAUUCCACUAAUUAGUUUCCCUCCCCUCUGCUAUCUUUCCUGAUUGCUCCCCCCCCCCCCCCCCGGUAGGCUCCGGCGG